AUGAAACAGCUUACUCCUAUGGCUGCGAUGGUCUGCAAAAUUGGCUUGUUAACCACAACGCCACUGCAAUUUAUAGUAAGAGACUGGUUCAAUAUCUUCCUCCUUUUCUCUCUCUUUCCCUCUUUUCUCUCUUCUCUCUCUUUCCCUCUUUUCUCUCUUCUCUCUCUUUCAAUUUAUAGUAAGAGACUUUUUCUCUCUCUUUCCUCUUUUUCUCUCUCUUCUUUCUCUUUCCUUUUCUCUCUCUUUUUUCCUCUUUCUCUCUCUUCUCUCUCUUUUCUCUCUUUCCCUCUUUUCUCUCUUCUCUCUCUUUCCCUCUUUUCUCUUUUCUCUUUUCUCUCUCUUCUCUCUCUUUUCUUCUCUCUUUUCUCUCUCUCUCUCCCUCUUUCUCUUUCCCUCUUUUCUCUCUUCUCUCUCUUUCCCUUUUCUCUCUUCUCUCUCUUCCUCUUUCUCUCUUUCCCUCUUUCUCUCUUUUCUCUUUUCUUUUUUCUCUCUUCUCUCUUUCUCUUUCUCUCUUUUCUCUCUUUCCCUCUCUUUUCUCUCUUUCCUCUUUUCUCUCUUUCCCUCUUUUCUUCUUCCUCUCUUUCCCUCUUUCUUUUCUCUCUUUCCCUCUUUUCUCUCUUUCUCCCUCUUUUCUCUCUUUUUCCUCUUUUCUCUCUUCUCUCUCUUUUCUCUUCUCUCUCUUUCCCUCUUUUCUCUCUCUCUCUCUUUCCCUCUUUUCUCUCUUCUCUCUCUUUUUCUCUCUUCUCUUUCUCUCUUCUCUCUUUCCCUCUCUCUUUCUCUCUUUCUCUUCUCUCUCUCUUUCUUUUUCCUCUUCUCUCUCUUUCCCUCUUCUCUUCUCUUUCUCUUUUCUCUUCUCUCUCUUUCCCUUUUCUCUCUCUCUCUUUCCCUCUUUUCCUCUCUCUUUCCUCUUUUCUCUCUCUCUCUUUCCCUCUUUUCUCUUCUCUCUUUUCUCUCUUUUCUCUCUUCUUUUCUCUCUUCUCUUUCCCUCUUUUCUCUUCUCUCUCCCUCUUUUCUCUCUUCUCUCUUCUCUCUCUUCUCUCCUCUUUUCUCUCUUUCUCUUCCCCUCUUUUCUUCUUCUCUCUUUUCCCUCUUUUCUCUCUCUCUCUCUUCCCUUUUUCUCUCUUCUCUCUUUUUCCUCUCUUUCUCUCUUUUCUCUCUUCUCUCUCUUUCCCUCUUUUCUCUCUUCUCUCUCUUUCCCUCUUUUCUCUCUUCUCUCUCUUUCCCUCUUUUCUCUCUUCUCUCUCUUUCCCUCUUUUCUCUCUUCUCUCUCUUUCCCUCUUUUCUCUCUUCUCUCUUUCCCUUUUCUCUUCUCUCUCUUUCCCUCUUUCUCUCUUCUCUCUCUUCCCAUAUAUAUAUCCCCUCUCUAUUACGACUUUGAUUUUGCGACAAAAGGAGGAGGCUUCUUCGUAUUCAGUUGAAAAUUCUUUCACUUGUUCGUUUUUACCAUGGCUGGUGAUUCAUUCUCUCGCUUGCCAAAGUAUGCCCCACCCUUUCUUAAAUUAUAUCCGCCUUCCUGUUGCUGGUAUUUAUUCUGACCCUCACACCAGUCGGAAUCAGGUCCCUCCCACACCGGUAUAUACGAAGUAA